GACGUCGGGGCGACGUCAGCGGGCGCGCGCGGUUCAGACUCCAGCUCUUUAAAAACAGCGUGUAAAUUGAGAUGCUCCUACAAAGAGCGGCUCAGGCUUACGGGAGCAGCAGCCGCAGCCGCCGCAGUCACGGCCACCGCAGUCCCUCCAACUGCAGUUUAACGAGCUGCCGGCUAUUCAAAGCGUCCCCUCUCUCGCCGAGUUUGAGGCUGUAUAUUCACAGAAGAGCGAGAGUCGCCUUCCCACAUCAAAAGCCGAGCGCGCGCCUCUGAGCGUCUGCAGCGCCCAGUCGUGCAGCUGAGGAGGGAAUGUCAGCGGCUCCGUCCGCUUCUAAGGAAAGGAGCUCCGCCGUUUUCGCCGCUCGCCCCCUCAGCGCUGCCUUGGCACCAUGGACACCUCCUCUGCUCCCGCCGCCGCCCGCGCGCUGCUUCUCGUCCGCUUGCUGGGGCUCCUCGGCGCGGUGGUGCCGCUUGCCGGCGGAGGAAGCCCGUUCGGGAGGCGCCCGAGGAGCUGCCCGGCCGCUUGCCACUGCGAGGAGGACGGGAUGCUAGUGAGAGCGGACUGCUCGGACCUGGGCCUGGCCGGCGUGCCCGCCAACCUCAGCGUCUUCACCUCUUACCUUGAUCUCAGUAUGAACAACAUCUCUAGACUGUCCUCAAACUCGCUGCACAAUCUCCGCUUCCUGGAAGAGCUACGUCUGGCAGGAAAUGGCUUGACACACAUCCCCAAAGGAGCAUUUUCUGGGCUUUUCAGCCUUAAAGUACUAAUGCUUCAGAAUAAUUUGCUAAAGCAAGUUCCUGCUGAAGCGCUCCAGAAUCUGCACUCUCUCCAGUCUCUACGCCUUGAUGCUAACCAUAUCAGCCUCGUGCCCCCCAACUGCUUCAGCGGCUUGGUUUCACUGAGACACCUGUGGUUAGAUGACAACUCUCUGACAGAAAUUCCGGUGCAAGCUUUCAGGAGUUUGCCAGCACUUCAGGCAAUGACACUGGCUCUGAACAAAAUAUACCACAUUCCAGAUUACGCUUUUGGAAACCUCUCAAGUUUAGUGGUUCUGCAUCUCCAUAACAAUAGAAUCUACUCCCUGGGAAAGAAAUGCUUUGAUGGUCUCCACAACCUAGAGACUUUGGAUUUAAAUUACAAUAAUCUGGAUGAAUUCCCCAUCUCUGUCAGGGCACUCAGAAACCUGAAAGAACUGGGGUUUCACAGUAAUAAUAUCAAGUCAAUACCUGGGCAGGCAUUUGUGGGCAAUCCAUCCCUUAUAGCAAUCCAUUUUUAUGACAACCCUAUUCAGAUUGUGGAAAAGUCUGCUUUUCAGCACUUACCUGAACUCAGAACCUUGACACUAAAUGGUGCUUCACAGAUAACAGAGUUUCCCGAUCUGACCGGGACAACAAGUCUGGAAAGCUUGACCCUUACAGGAGCUCGGAUCACAUACCUUCCUGAAACAAUCUGUGAUCAGCUACCCAACCUCCAAGUACUAGACCUCUCAUAUAACCAGCUGGGUGACUUGCCUCAUUUUACUGCUUGUGAAAAUCUUCAGAAAAUUGAUUUACACCACAAUGAAAUAUAUGAAAUCAAAGUGGGCACGUUUCAGCAGCUGGUUGCCCUACGUUCUCUGGAUUUAGCUUGGAACAAAAUAUCAGUCAUUCAUGCCAAUGCAUUCUCCUCUUUAUUGUCUCUGAUUAAACUGGAUCUGUCAUCCAACCUUUUGUCCUCUUUUCCUGUAACUGGCCUAUAUGGUUUAACUCAUCUAAAAUUAACAGGAAAUCAUGCACUACAAAGUUUGAUAUCAUCUGAAAACUUUCCAGAGCUCAAGGUGAUUGAAAUGCCUUAUGCUUAUCAGUGCUGUGCAUUUGGAGCUUGCGAUGGCCACUACAAAAUCCAAAACCAGUGGAACAGGGAUGAGAACAGCAGUGCUGAGGAGUUUCAAAGGAAAGAUGUUGGCGUUUUCCAUACGCAUGAUGACCGUGACUUUGAGGAUUUUCUUCUUGACUUUGAUGAAGAUUUGAAAGCUCAUCAUUCAGUGCAAUGCUCUCCCUCUCCAGGACCCUUCAAGCCUUGUGACUACCUCUUUGGGAGCUGGCUAAUCCGAAUUGGAGUCUGGACCAUCGUUGUUUUGGCCUUUGUUUGCAAUGCAUUGGUAGUUGCGACGAUCUUCAGAUUCCCGCUCUUCAUUUCCUCCAUAAAGCUGUUGAUCGGACUAAUCGCCAUUGUGAACACACUCGUGGGUGUGUCCAGUAGUGUGCUUGCCAGCAUGGAUGCAUUGACUUUUGGAGUCUUUGCUCAGUACGGAGCAUGGUGGGAAGGUGGACUUGGUUGCCACUUCAUUGGACUUCUCUCCAUCUUUGCUUCAGAGGCUUCCAUUUUCUUGCUCACACUAGCAGCUCUUGAGCGUGGCUUUUCCGUGAAACAUGCCACAAAGUUUGAGACCAGUGCCACUCUUGCUAGCGUGAGGAUAGCCAUCUUGUUUUGCUUUGUCUUGGCCUUAAUCAUUGCAGUGAUUCCAGUACUUGGGGGAAGUGAGUAUGGGGUUUCACCUCUGUGCAUACCUUUGCCUUUUGGGAAGCCAACUGCUGUGGGUUACAUGGUAGCACUGGUCUUGCUGAACUCUCUCUGUUUUCUUAUAAUGACAAUAGCUUAUACAAAACUCUACUGUAGUUUGGAUAAGAGAGAAUUGGAUAAUGUUUGGGACUGUUCCAUGGUCAAGCAUAUUGCCUUGCUACUUUUUACUAACUGCAUUCUUUAUUGUCCUGUGGCUAUCUUAUCAUUUUCUUCCUUGUUAAAUCUUACUUUUAUUAGCCCAGAAGUAAUUAAACCAAUACUUUUAGUCAUUGUCCCCCUACCUGCAUGUCUAAACCCACUUCUCUAUAUACUUUUCAACCCACACUUCAAGGAAGACCUGGGAAGUCUUCGAAAGCAGACUUUUUCAUGGAAAGCGCCCAAGCAUGCCAGCCUGGUCUCUGUUAAUUCAGAGGAUGCAGAAAAACAGUCAUGUGAUUCAACUCAGGCUCUCGUAACCUUUGCAAGCACCAGAAUAUCAUAUGAUAUUCCCAUCAACAAUUCACUAGUGCCAUCAUCGUAUCGAAUGAGUGAAAGCUGUAACCUGUCGUCAGUAACAUUUGUUCCAUGUCAUUAGCUUCGUCUCAGAGUCACCUGUGUUUAAAAAUGAUCAAUCACACAUUUAUUAAAUGGGUGCAUUUCAUAUGCAGUAAAAGGGAAAUAAUUGUCUACUACUAUUGGGUGCCAAAGGCUUGGUGGCAAUAAAAACUGUCAUCCUAAAGCCUAACAGAUACCAUCUCAGUCUGGUUUCGAGACAACCACUCUUGAAUCAGUUGAGGUUCAGACUCAAGAAAAAAUCCAAAAGCCAUUGAUGUUUACAGCACUGGCUUUGGUGAUUCAAAAUAGAUCAACACUUCUCACUCUCCGUUCAUGAAUCUUUUAAUGGUCACAAUGAAACUUCCACUAAGCUGAUCUUUU